AUGAAUAAGAUGAUAUUGGCUAUAAUUGCAGUGACCCACGUAUGGUGGUUGGCUAGUUGUGUUGGUGCAGACCCGCAGAUCAAUCUUUUGAACGAGGGUUGCAGCCAGUACAACGCAACAAGCUUGUCAGACUUCUAUACCAAUCUCAACGCCACUUUCUUGGACCUCAAGGCGCAACUACUGAACGGCAGCAAGCACUUUGCAACGGCACAACAGGCCAAGGGCUCCGACCCCGUCUACGCCAUGACGCAGUGUAGGAACUACCUCUCCUCUGCAGACUGUCUAUCUUGCUUUGCUGCCGCCGUCUCUCAAAUCCGCAACUGCUCUGCCUCCAAUGGCGCUCGCGUUGUCUACGACGGCUGCUUUCUCCGGUAUGAGAGCAGUGCAUUUUUUGACCAGACUACCCUUCCUGGUAAUGUAGGGCUCUGUGGGAAUCAAACUGGAUCACCAGCUACAACCUUUACUGCAGCUGCAGAAGAACUGCUGAUGGAUCUACAAGUUGCUACGUCUAAUAUUAACGGUUUCUUCACAGCAUCGAAGGUGGUAGUUAGUGGUAGUGCAAACACAACCAUCUAUGGUGUGGCACAAUGUGCCGAGACAACUAGCCAAACUGGUUGCCUAGAUUGUUUAAAGGUGGCAUACACCAAUGUACAGAGCUGCCUUCCUGAUACAGAUGGUAGGGCGGUUGAUGCUGGUUGUUUCUUGAGGUACUCUGCUACUUCUUUCUUCCCAGAUAACCAGACUACUAAUAUCACGCCUUUCUUGAAAAAGGGUAAUUCAACAAAGAAGGCUAUCAUCAUUGGAGUAGUAGUUGGAGGUGUAGGUCUUAUAUUCCUCGUUGCCGGAUUUCUUGUCUAUAAUAGACUUUCAAGGAAGCCAAAGACAAUUCGCAGAGACAUUUUGGGAGCAACCGAGUUGCAAGGUCCAGUGAAUUAUAAGUAUAAGGAUUUGAAGUCAGCAACAGGAAAUUUUAGUGAUGAAAAUAAACUAGGAGAAGGAGGAUUUGGGGAUGUCUACAAGGCUACUCUAAACAAUGGGAAAACAGUUGCAGUAAAGAAACUAGCAAUACUUCAAACAGACAGGGCAAUGACAAGUUUCGAAAAUGAAGUCAAGCUUAUAAGUAAUGUGCAUCACCGGAAUCUAAUUCGCCUUCUCGGAUGUUGUAGCAAAGGACCAGAAUUACUUCUGAUAUUUGAAUACAUGGCAAACAACAGUCUCGACAAAUACUUAUUUGGCCCGAAAAGAGGCUCUCUAAACUGGAAGCAACGGAAUGAUAUAAUCCUCGGUACAGCUAGGGGUCUAGCCUAUCUACACGAAGAAUUCCAUGUGUGUAUCAUACAUAGAGAUAUAAAACCCAGCAACAUUCUUUUGGAUGAUGAUUUUCAGCCAAGAAUUGCAGAUUUUGGAUUGGCAAGGCUUUUACCCGAGGACCAAAGUCAUCUUAGUACCCGAUUUGCAGGAACAUUAGGAUACACAGCACCUGAAUAUGCAAUCCAUGGUCAAUUGUCAGAAAAGGUGGAUACCUAUAGCUAUGGAGUAGUAGUCCUAGAAAUUGUAAGUGGACAGAAGGGCAGUGAAAUCAAAUCUGAUGCCAUGGGUGAAUUUCUCCUCGAAAAGGCCUGGAAACUAUAUGAGAAUGGCCAGCACUUGGAGUUGGUCGAUGAAACAUUGGAUCCAGAUGAAUACAAAGCAGGAAAUGUGAAAAAGAUUGUUGAGAUUGCUCUAAUGUGCACUCAAUCAUCACCUGCUCUAAGGCCAACAAUGUCUGAAGUCGUCGUUUUACUUAAAAGCACAAGCUCUUGGGAAAAUAGGCCGCUUACUAGGCCUGUGUUUGUUGAUUCUGACCAUAAACGAGUAAGGGUGGACACAUCAACUUCUACCGGUUCCUCAUCAUCCAAUGCUACCACAUCCAUCUCUCAGUUUUCAGGUCGCUAA